AAACCAGAACAACCAUUACCAAAACAAAUGUGUUCCUGUUACUGUACAGAUGUGAGGGAGUACGAUGCCUAUGUCAUCUACCAGACGCAGAGCUUGGACAAAGUCACUGAGGACAAACUUUGCUGGUUCAUCACAGUGAUUUUGCCUUCUGUCCUUGAGGAAAAGUGUGGAUAUCAACUCUUCAUCCAUGGGAGGGAUGACAUACCUGGGGAAGACUGUUUGGAGCAGGUGGAGGAACGCAUGGAGCAGAGCAGGAGGCUGAUGAUCAUCCUCACACCAGGUUCAGGAUCAGAUUCUGAGAUCAUAGACCAAUGUCCCGCCUCAGCCCAAAACUCAAUAACAGGAAGUUGUGACUGGCAGGUAGGAGUAAUUAUAAGUUAUCUCAAGAUGUUAAGUUAAUAAACCUCACAAAAACAUUGAGAUCAA